UCUUCUAACCACGCGGACGAAGUCGCGGGCAACAGCUAGUAGUUUAUAAUCUUGAUGAACACUUGAUACGGGUACAGGGUAGUGUUCAUCAAGAUAUUACGUUCGCGAAUUGUUGCGGGCGGAGCCGGUGGCGACAACUAGUUAUAAAAUAAGAAACAUUAAAAACCGCGUCUGCCACCACGGUACCGCUGCGUUGUCAAUUGUCAGGCCUUUGGAUAACUAUGUAGGUAUAAUUAUCAUUUGAUCGUGUCUGCCUGUAAAGCUGAUGUAAAGAAACCUUUACUAACAUGCUCACCAGCUCCCUAGCUAUUUCCAGUAGUCCUCCAGACAUCCUAAUUAAAACACAAUAUACAUUAUAAUGUACUAAAAUAGAUAACAAUCAAAUUCUUGUUCCACAUAACUAGAUAAUUCAUCGGUAUCGAUACGAAAACGCUGACACCGCUAAAGAGUCACGUUUGCUGCUCGCGGGGCGCGUGCCCAUACAAGAACAAUUCUGUCUCCGCAUGCCAUAUCUAUAGGAUCUGGUGAUAGUGAUCAAAUAUUAAGGUGAUGGGUCGAAGGUAGAACCUCAUUUGAAAGGCUCGAUGUGAGCUCCCAAGAUGUGGCGGACAGUGUUCUGGUGUUUAGUUUUAAUCUAUGGGCACACAUCAUCACAACCUCUAGAAGAGGGUGAGAAUGCUCGUCAAACACGUCAGUUGGACUUCGGCCCCUGCUGUCCUUGCCCUGACGCUGACUCGACUGGCCAUGAUGACUUCCACCCAAUGGACUCCCUCAGGGCCGCGAGUACGGGCUCUCGCUUGCGGGAUGUGGACGACUGUCCUUGUAGGGGUCGCAGUGAGGACUCUGAUGGGGCUGCGUCAGUCUUCUUUCCGACUGCAUUGCGACCACGUGGCUCUGGCGUGAGGCCUGAUAAUAGGAAGGAAGAUAUCAAACCCCUGCUCCACCCAGAAGUGGAUCUCGCUUCAUCUGUACUCCAGACCAUACGAGAAGCCACUGAUGAAGAGUAUGAAGAUGCCUUAGCAAGGGAUGCCGCCAGGAGUAUGGCUAAAGCUGCUAUGGAAGACAUCUACGGAGAUGCUGCCCCUGAGGCAAGUAGAAACCUGGUCACAAUCAUAGUGAAGCCAAAGGAAGCUGAAAGUGAUGAUGAUAUCAUGAUGCCCCAUGAGUCUCGUAACCAUGAAUCACGGUGCAUACAUUCUCCAUUAGGAAGUACUAGAAAUCUUGGCAAGAUGCGAGUUGCACACAAUCCUCCAAACUUAUUGCAUGAUAUAUUUGGUCUGCCUAGGAGAAGCAAGCCCGGUCUGCUACAUAGAAAUCUACUGGAUUUGGAUAGCGGUUUCGGUGCAAGCAAUGUUAAUGAACAAGUAAUGCGCGUUGAUAAUGACCGUAUUCCUUUAAAGGAGUCAAACUUUAGAGUGGGGUCAAACAAUGAUUAUAAUAAUAAGGAAACUAAUUUGAAACUCCCUUCAAUCCACGAUAAAUUAAAAGAUUUAAUAUCGGGAAGAUCAUCUUUAGACGAUGUGAUCAAGACUCCUCUGCCCACGCUGCCAAAACUGAAACCAAUUACUCCGAAGUUAAACAUAAAUAGUGAUAAUACUGACCUUUCUUCAUCGCCAAGCAAUGUUAAAGAAGAAGUUGGAAAAUUAUCUUCACAUUUCGAAAACAUUUUACCCAAAGCUAGACCCUUGGAUCUAAAAAACUUGCUGAAGCUAAAAGAUGUUGAAUUGGUUCCACUCAAAGACCUCAUCAAGGCUAAAAACAAACCAACAUUACAGCUACCGUCUAGAAUAACCAACGAAGAACCUUCGAGGGAAGCUGAUGAAAGUGAAGUGAAGGAUUUAUUAAACUUAGUACCAAGAGUCAGAACAGUUGAGCUUUCAGAUGCUGAAGUAAGUCCCACUAAUGUAAUUCAACAAGUGAUUGACAAUAACUGUGAUAAUAAUGCUAGGGACACAAAUUCUGAAUCUAAUAUCGCUGAGUCUGAAGAUAAGGAUUCAUCGGAAUUCUUUAACACAACACCAAGCUCAGAAUUAGCUGAGUCAAAUGUAAAUGAAAGGAGUACUGAAAUUAAUGAUAGUCAGUCAGGCGUCAGCAGUCAUAAUGAUUGUGAUUUAGGGACAAUGCCUGCUACAGAAUCUGAUCUUCCAACACCAAAGGAGCGAAGCAAAGGAGCACCAAGCGAUUUGAAUCAGGACUUACAAGACGUUGAAAAUAGUGAUUCUGGUUCUAUCGAGGAACCUUCUUCAAAUGAGCUGGUUGGUGGACAAGAGGAAAGUGUUGAUUCUAGUCAAGACAAUUGUUUAGACGGAAAAAGUGAUUCGGAUUCCAUGACUGGAGCCAGUAACACGGUUAGCAGUAUUGUUGAACCAGAUUCAACCACGGAUGAUUUUGUUGAUGAACCAGUAGCGCGUCAAACACAAGAUGGAAACAAUGGCAUUAACUCCCUUGAUGAUGUAAAGCCUAAAUUAAUAGAUCCUCUUAAUCUUGAUAGAACUUUUAAUACUAUCAAGAAAAACAUAAUUGAGAAAAUAGAAAGUCUUAAAAUUCCUAAACCAAAGCCAAGAAACUCAAAUCUAUUUGCUAAGGAAUCGCUCGAAGAUGAAAGCCAGAAUCCGGAUGCCAAAAAUGAAGAGUCUGUUCAAAUAACAUCUGUAAAACCGGAAAACGAAGUAGGUAAAGACAGUUCAGAAAAUUUUGGAGAUAGUGGUACUCAAGUUAGCAUGCAAGAUUUACAAGAAAUGUCAGAUUCUAUGUUACAACAUGAAAAUAAAGACAAAUCUCGGAGUAACGUAGAAUGUAAUGUACCAAUUGAAGAAACAGUUGAACCAAAAGCAACAAAAGAAAUGGAAAGCGCGGAAAUGAAGGAUUCAAUUGAGGAGAAAAUACCUGAUGCUCAAAAUGACGACGACAUGAACACACAGAGUUCAAACAACAGUGAUAAUGUAAAGGACACUUGCGGGAGCGACUUACAACAACAGCCAAAAGCUCAAGAACAAGAUGCGAAUGUCGGAGCAAGCGAAACUGUUAUAAGUAAAAUACCUCCUAGGAAUUCAGUCAAAACAAUUCAGUUAAGUGAUAUAGUCCAGCCCUGUGGUGACGGUAUUCUUCAAAGUCCACUUCCUGAUCUAAAUAAUGUUUUAAAAUUAUCUCCGAUGCCCACACUUGAGGACAUUAAGACGACAGUAACGAAUUUAUUUGAUAAAGGCGAACGCAACGCAGAAAAUAUAUUACCAUUGAAGACAGUACCGUUGGCACUCGAUCCUGCAAAGAUUCUAGAGCCACUAAUGGCAACAGAUGCCAGUAGUCGAAACAGUCACACAAAACCAGCGCCAGAACGUUUUCUAGACGAUCUGAACAUUUUGAAAUUGCAGCCUCCAUCGUUGUUGUCUUCACCAAAAUUGUCGGAUGACUUCGGAUUCAAACCAAUUAAUUUUCAGCCAAGUUUCGAUAAUAUAGGACUUGGUUCAGCUAGGGGUCGGAGUAGUUCAAAGAUUCGAAACCCAUUGGAUUCGCUAAAGCUUGGUGAUAUUGGAGCAAGGAGUAAUUUUAGUCCACAGAACAUACUUAAAUCUUCUAUGAGGCAUGAUGAUCUUUUAAAUGGUCGAGCGUUGAGUGAUCUAUCUCAAAACAUAAAUUCUCAUUUCAAAAAAGCCUCACGGAACAUGCAAAACAUGCUAGGGUCCACUUUUAAUGGUGCCAAGAUAGCUAGUCCUAUUCAAUUAGAGCCCCACGAGUUGUUAGAAACUAUAUCAAGAAAUCAUGAGGAUGUCAGUGAUAAAUUAAAGGCAAUACACAUGGACUUUAAUGAUAGAAUAGAAACAAUGCGCAAUGACCUUUUGGACAAAUCCAGACUACUGUCCAGCGACUCUCUUAAUAGGAAACCUAGCUUUAAAUCAUCAAGAGAUCAACAUCAAUCUUUAUUACGCUCUUCACAACCUAAGGCAACUACCAGGAAAAAUACAUCUUCUCGGGGUCCUGAACUGAAAUCAAACAACAAAGUUUCUUCACCAUCGAGUAGAACUAAGCAGUUCAAAAUGCCAACAGCUGCAAGUGUGCCGGUUCCAAAAAGUCUCAAUGUACCUGAACUUAAAACGAUGUCAAAGCCAGGACUCGUGUCUCAGCGAGUAGCUAGUUCAAAUGCACCUAAAAUAGAGCUACCUCGACCUAAUUUCAAUACAUUUCGUAGUGAAGGAAGCAACACGAAGCCGUUUAACAAACCUUUGACUAAACCAAUCAGUCCGUUUGGAGACCCUAAAGUUAAAGUGUCAUUUUCGACUACUCCCCGGCCUAGAAUGGAUGUUGGCAGACCAAAAACUCAAGAGAAAAUAGACCUAAAAGCGAACCUUGAAAAUCGUAGAAUACAGAGUGAUGCAAGGCAAACAAAACUCUCAACUCCUAGUGGACUUCUUAACAAGUACAAACCAUUACCAAAGAAUGUGGAAAACGACAUAAGAAUAUCUACACCAUUACGGACACCAAUCCCAAAACUAGGCAAUUUAGAAAAUGAUGGAAAUGUAGGUAACCUGCUAUCAUGGCCAAAAGCUUCUGAAAGCGCAUUUUUAAGCAAAGUAAAGGAGGCUGUUAAUGCACGUUUACCAGCGUCUGGUCUUCCGAACCGUUUUCAACAGGAGAAAACACAACAUAUUGUAAAAAGUGCUUCAGCAAGGACGAGAGACGAGGCUAUGAAAGGUGCGGAUAUGACGCGAGCAGCCUCAGAAGUUGUUGAGAGAACUGAUGGACAACCCUUGAAAGAAAAUGUUACCUACAAAUGCAAAAUGGUUUGCACUAAGGAAAACAACGAAAAUGUAUAAUCUUGUACCUGACCAUAAAAAACACAAAUAAUGAGUGAAAUCUCGCACUCGUCAUUGGUUCAUAAUAAUGUAAUUAGUGCAUAAUAAUAAAAUAAUAAUGAUUCAUCAUAUGAUAAGAAGCAUAGCGGAAACAUAUUAUGACAGUCGUACGAAAUUUAAAAAUGACAGAAAUUGUGUCUCUCACACUAUACUCUUUCAGUCAUUAGGUUAUCACAAAUAGCUAUUAAGUUUUUUUUAGACUUUUACUUUAUUAGGAGAAAUGUUUUGUAAAUAUUUUUAUACGAAUCUCAUGUAAAAUGUAAAUAACCUUUGACCUUUGGACAAGGGUAAAAUACAUGUUUAUGAAAU